GAGAAAAAUGUCAAGUUCUGUUGGAGCAACGAAACAACCACUGAGAGGGAAAAAGAGAGUGGCGCAGAGGAACUUUAACGCCGACUGAAGGCAGCGAAAGGUGAAAACAGAACAAGGUUUGAAACAUGGACGGAGCUACCCGGAAGACAGGCACGGCGAUGGAGAUCCAAGGACGACGAUGAGCAACGACAGUGGGUGCCAUAUAAGAACAGCUGAUCGUGUGUCAUUCUUCCACCCUCCCGCUUCUCGCAUUCAAUGCCCCACUGGGCCACUGCUUUUAUGAAUCCAUGCUUAGCCCUCCAUCCUCCUCCUCCGUGCCUCCUCCUCACCACCAUCAUCUUCCCCACCUCGCUCCUCCUCAUUACGCGACCCUGCAGUCACUGGACCUUUAUAACUCCACAGUCAGGUCCAGUCUCUGGCAGUGUUUUAAGGCAGAUGAUAGCUGGCUGCUGUUCUACUACUCGAGGACCCUCUGCCUGCAAACUGAUAGCUGGUCGUCCUGGUACUAGUAGUUGUCUUAAACUGCCUCUACGAAAUUCGCAUCCGCUUCGUUUUGAGCACUUGUGUCUGAUUUCCAUGUGUACCCAGUUCUUUUUGAAUGUUUCAUCCUGUUAGCGUAUCUCAACAGCUAGUGUGGGUCCAUUGCGCUCAUUGUAUUGUAGAGCGAGGUUGCGAAGUUCAUUGGGCCAGGGAAGUGGCAUGGCAAUGGCAGUGUGGGUAGUGAUUCUGGUGGCGCUGUCUGUUGCGUCGUUGGCUGAUGCUGGUGCCCAGCCGGUUGGCAAAGAGUACGAGGUGAAGUGGGACUUCCCCACUGGAGAUAAGUUUUUCAGUGCCAUCCAGGGGAAGACAUACUUAGUCGGCGACACUCUUAAGUUCAAGUACAUGCAAGAGUUGCACAACGUGGUGAAGGUGGGGACCUUCGAUGACUUCAACCAGUGCACCACAACCAAGGUCCUGAGUCCCGAAUUCGCCGAUGGCGACACCUCCAUGUUGCUGGACAAGCCCGGCGUCCACUACUUCAUCUGCUCUAUCCCCGGCCACUGCUCUGAUGGCAUGAAGAUCAAGGUGCUCGCGGUGAAUCGGCCCCGUAAGUUGAUGUGAUCUCAACUUGCGACACUCAAAACUUUGCUGCUUCGUUACCAAAAUGGAUGAGAUAUUGAAACCAAACAAGCGAACACCAGUGUUACAACCAUCACCGGCAUGAAUCUAGAUGAGUGUGACUACAAAUUGUGUGGUCCGAGUUUGUGUCGGCGUAAUUUCUCACACCAGAGAGCUCCUAAUUCUAUCGUUUUGUUGUUUUAGACAGUUCAUCGAAAGCACAUUCACCUUUGAGUACCACUGAACCUGGAGUAUAUGGGUAUAAUAGUUAUUAUGAUGAUAGCAGCAAGUGCGGACACGACAAGCUGAUGCUAGUUGCACUUUGUGACUUCCCGCAGUAAUAACAAUAACACCGAAAAAUGACAAAUCGUCUACAAAGAGGUCGUGAAAUGAAUUCUAAUUGCAAUUCGGGAUUAAUGGAAGUGAAUAGAUAUCAUGGUUAGAAUGUUAGUAUGCGCCCAUUUCCUGACGUGAACAGAUUUAUAUCGAGAGUAAUAUAAGACGGAACUGGUCACAUGUUGAGAGUGAAA